AUGGGAAAUAAAUUGAGUGGACCCAAAAAAGACAAAGAUGACAAGAAAAAAAGUUCCAAAAAGAAAAAUUCCAAAACUGGUUCAGAUGAGGAACAAGCUAAUGGUGAAAUUGAAUCUAAACCAGAAGAAGUAAAAACUGAGGAGGGAACAGCUGAAGUGAAGGCAGACGGAACCAGGACAGAGGGAGACGGAGAAGCCAAAGUUGCAGGUGCCCCAGAGGAAAAGGCAGUAGACGACAUUCCUUCAGCAGAUGGAGUUCCAGUUACAGACAACAAAGUUGAAGCUGUCGUAGAGAAACCAGUUGAAACAGAAAAGAAAGAGGAGACACCUGCUGCCCCAAAAGUUGAGGAAACCAAACCUGAACCACCAGCACCCCUUGAAGAAACCAAACCAGAACCCCCAGCAGCAAAACCAGAAUCAGAAUCUCUACCAGAACCAGUGGCAGAGCCAGAACCAACUCCAGUUCCAGAAUCAGUGAAAGAACCUACACCAGAACCAGUUGUAGAAGCCACACCAGAACCAGUUCAAGAUCCAGAACCUGUUCCAGAACCAGAAUCAGAACCUGCACCUCCAGCUCCAGUUGAACCAGAACCAGUUAAAGAACCUACACCAGAACCAGAAUCCGUUGAAUGUACCACCCCAGCUGAAACAGAAAGUGAACCUGCACCCCCAGCACCAGUUGAACCAGAAGUGCCUUCUGAACCCGAACCAGUGGCAGCCCCAGAGGUUGAAGACAACAUGCAAGAUGCACCCCCACCCCCACCAGAACCCCUCGAACAGAAUGGAACCGAUCAGAAUGGCACAGAGCAGAACGGUACUCAUGAACCAGAGUCCCCAAGUAAUGGUGAACACAUUACAAAUGGUGCUCCAGAUGUCAAUGGUCACAUGAAUGGAGAUCACAAAGUAUCAACAGAAUUUCAGUGGCCUCUUGAAGGUGAAAAUGUCCAAGUUUCUGGUACUUUCAGUGAUUGGAAAGAAAAAUUCACAUUAGAAAAACAAGAAAAUGGUUUUAAAACCACCAUAGAUCUACCCACAGGACAACAUUUCUAUAAAUAUCUGGUAGAUGAUCAGUGGGUAGUUAAUAAAGAUCAGCCAAUUCAUUGUGGUGAAGAUGGAACAGAAAAUAAUCACUAUUUCUGUUCCCAUUAUUGGAUUGAAAUCGCUCUAUGUAAAAUCCUGCAAAUGAAACCAAUGAUACUAUAGGUCACAUUUUUCAAUUUUCAAGAUUUCAAAUUUUUAAUCCAAGUUUUGAGAUGAGACUUGGUUACUCUAUAACAUAAACAUUCUUUUGAGUAUAAAAUAAACAAAGAAUUACCUUUAUUUCACUGAUGGUGUUAGUGAAGAUAAUAGUACAGUAUGCUGUACAACUCUAGCAAUAUUCAUUCUAUAACUGGAAGAAUUUAUUGUAUAAUGUUAUUUACUACUUACCUAUUUAUUUUCAACAUUUAGCUCAAUGUUUCAUGUCUAAAGUUGCAAAGAAUAAAAGAACAGGUGUGGUGUAUAGUAUGGGGUUAUCAAGACAGUAGAAAAUAGAAUAAGCAAUACAGGAGGUAGUGGUCUGGACACAAUGUGGACAUGAUAAUCUAUUCCUUACUGUAUCAAUAAUCCCAUACCUUACACAAUACCUGUCUAUUAUUCACCUCAUCUCAGCUUAUUUCAUGCUCAAUAAUGUCAUCUAAUUACCUUUUUAUAUUUUGAUUUUUAGUGCUCAAUAAAGUUCAUUUUGAAACAUGAGUAAGAUAUAAAUGCAAAAUUUUUUUAAGCUUUUUUUGUGAAUUUUUCAGUAUAUUUAUCGACAAGAGCUCAUGGUUUGCUGUUUAAUAAGUUUUUCAGAAAUUAAUUCAUGACGGUCAGUAAGAAAAGAUAUUUGCGCCUGAUUCAAAAUAUAAAUAGGAGGAGCCCACUUUAUUUUUAGGUAAUAAUAGAAACUAUACAUACUGAUAAUUGUAUUGAUUACUACUUUAACUACCUGAAAAUAAAAUGGACUGUUCUUGUCUAAGUUUUGGACGUUCCUAGAUCAGUGUGUAUGUCUUUCCUCUCCAAAAAGAAAACUGGUUUGGUAUUUGACAUUAUAAUCCAUGAGAGAACAGGAGUUAUUUCUAGCUCAAAAAUCAUUAAACCAUGAAUGUUGGCAUAUCGUCAUAACGUACGUAUGCAUAAGUUUCCAAAAAGACCAAUAUUGAUUUUUUGUUAGUUUUGUUUUUUCGCUGUCUAGUCAUUAGAGUUUAAAUAUUGUAAAUAUUCUGUUUAAGCCACGAUUUACUUACUGCUGCUUGUUAGUCAAAUAAAACAUCACUUGAAAACUCUUCAGCCCCAAAUAAAGUGCAGAAAAUAGGGUGUAAAACUCCAAAUAUUUUCUUUUUGAUUUGAUCUUGAGCAGAUUUGAGCCAUGAUAUUUGAGGAUGCAAUAUUCUUUAGUGUAUUAUCAUGUUCUGAGCCCAAAAAAUCAGGCAGGAAAGUUUUUAUUUUUAAGUCCGGGCGAGUUUCAAAAGAUAUUUUAUGUGAUUUUCACCAGUAUAAAUUGAGCUUGUGUAAUUAAGGGUGUGCUAGCUUCUAUUUUCAUACAUUUUUAUUAUUAUUACUACCGUGUUUCACUGUAUCCAUGUUUUCUUCUCGGAGAAUGGGGUCCAAUACUCUUCAUUAAACGUUUGUAUUUAAAAUAUUUUUGUGAAAGCGGAUAG